AUGCUCUUGUUUUGGCUGUUCACUGAGAGCGAAGAUAAUAGUUUGUUUAAGUUAUCUUCGCCAGUUCGUACAUCCCUGUUUGCGCAGGAUUCUUUGCUCAUAAUGCCACGCCGCAGUUCGAAUAAAAGUGAUAGCCCCGUCCCUAGGCGUCAGAGUGCACGUAUUGCUGCAGCCAGCGCAAAUAAAACACCUACACCUUCUCCCGUUAAGAAGACACGGCGAUCUUCAAAGAGAGCUUCGGAAGGUAAAGUGGAGAACGCUGAAGACAAGGUUGAUCACAAUGGGACUGAGGGUACUUACAAGGAUGCUUCACUUGGAGAGCCAGUAGAAAAGAAGCAGAAACUUGAAGAAACCAUGGAAUCUUCGGCAAACCUACCCGGAAGCGCCCAGGAGUCAGGAGGUAAAGACGAAUUAGCGGCGAACGAUGAAGGAACAUCAAAGAUGGAAUUUGAAGCUGCGAGGGAGGCUGGUUUCGAAGUUGUCGAAAAGUCGAAUGUGCCUCAUUCAGAUAGUGAAGAAGUCAAGUCGGCUAUCUCUGCUCAAGGUGAAGACGGCCAAUUGCUUGUUAACUACGUUCAAGUUUCGAAAGAUGAUGUUCCAGCUGCCGUUCCAGAGAAUAGUGCUGCUACAUCGGGGGACAAGCCCCCCGCGAAUGGUACUGACACCAAGGAACUGUGCAAGGGCGAUAGCGCUGUCGAUGAGUCUGCCAACGAGCAACCUGCUGUUGUAGGCCCCGAACAGAAGAGCGAGGAAGUUCCAGCUGAUAAACCCCCUGCAGCAGAAGGAGUAUCUCAAUAG